AUGUUCCGUGACUCCACUGGUCGUUCGCUAAACCCGGAAAACUUGCACUCUCUCUGCGAGAAAGCAUUCAACACCAGCUUCCCCUUUCCGGCACCGAACGAUCUCACUAUCACGAGGACACAAUUCUGUAAGGACAAACUUCCGGAUCGUACUUUCACGUUCUGGGAAUGGUUUUAUGCAGCCAUGAAGCUAACGCGCAGACAUUUCAACCGCCCGUGGAACGAUGGUAACAUCAUUCGGUUCAUCUCCAAAGCACAAGCUGAGAGCCACCUAGUGAACCAUUAUCCUGGCACGUUCCUGUUGCGAUUUACCGAUUGUGAGCUCGGCAGUAUUAGUAUCGCGUGGGUCCAUAAGCUCUACGAAGACCGGUCGGAGAUUCUACACCUUCAACCAUUAACCGCGAAAGAUUUGGAUAUUCGUUCAUUGUCCGAUCGUAUCGGUGACAUCGAUAAUUUCUCCUAUCUGUUUCCGAAUAAUACACCUAAACACGAAGUCUUCGACAGUUCUAAAGUUCCGGACCAGACUCCAAGGAACAAGAGCUACGUCGCGUCAAGGAUCCGCGCAGUGCUUGACCUUGAGCAACAAUCGGAUGAGGAGCAUUCCGAACACACCGACGCAGGACAGUAA